AAGCCAUUUCGUUCAGCACGUCAUCACGGUGCGUCGUCACGAAAGGGUUAUUUCAUAGCUCAAUGGUCUGACACUCAGAUGCCUUUUUCGAAACAACAUCUGUCGCUCAGCUGAAGAGUAGGCCUAGUUUUAGGAAUGCCGAAGAAGUUCCAGGGCGAGAACUCCAAGGCGAUGACUGCCAAGGCCCGCAAGGCAGAGGCCAAAGCUGUGGAAGACUCCCACAAGAAGAAGGAGCUGGAGGAUGCUUUAUGGCAGGAGAAUGAUAAACAUGUCCUGAAGAAAGAACAGAGGAAGGACGACAAGGAGAAGAAGCGCCUUGAGGCCCUGGAGAGAAAGAAAGAGAACCAGCGGCUCUUGGAUGAGGAGGCUGCAAAGAUUAAGGGCAAGGCCAAGGAGGCGGCUGCUGCUGUGGCGGCGUGCAAAGUGACCCGGGCCCAGAUUGAGGAGACGCUGCGUAUUGAGCAGGCGCUACAACAGCAGGAGCAACCCAAAGAGAAAGAGAAGAGUCAACUGGAGUCACCCCUGGAGGAGAAUGUGAAUCGCAUCAUCCCUGAGGAAGGUGCAGUGGAUGCUAGAUCCAUAGAGGAUGCCAUUGCUGUGCUCAGCACGGCUGAAGAGCUCGACCGCCACCCCGAGCGCAGGGUGAAGGCAGCUUUCACCUCGUACGAGGAACUGAACAUGCCCCUCCUUAAAAAAGAGAACCCCAACAUGCGGCUGUCACAGCUCAAGCAGCAACUGAAAAAGGAGUGGAUGAAGUCGCCAGAGAACCCCCUGAACCAGCGCUUUGCCAACUACAAUGCCAAGUGAACCAACUCCAGCAGCAGCUAACACAAAACUGUUACCUAUGCAUAUUGGACCUUACAAUGGAAGAUGCCUCCAACCUAGAAUUAUUCCCCCAUUAUGAAUACGUUGCUGGAAAAGCUGCACUCACUCCCUAGGAAGGACCUCUGAUGCAAGGAUUCACCUUGGGACUUCAGCUUGUUUCAUUUAGAGGAAAAGCAAAUUCCCCCCAUGUUCCUGAUGAUUUUUCUGUUACUGUGAAUUCCCACUUGUGAAGCAUCUCAGCGGUUUAUGGAUUUUAUUCCCAUUAUCAGUUUUUGGCACUUAAGUUGAAAACGGGCGGGGGGUGUGACAGAAGUUUGAGAUUAAAAGUAAUUUAUUACAGUUCACAAUACUAGCAUCUAAUUGUUUCUGAGCGUGAGACUACAGGUAUGUCGCUCUGUAUAACAGCGUCUGCUAAAUGACUCAAAUGUGGUCUGCACUCUUGCUAUAGUAACCGCCUCCUUUUAAAGGCCCGAUGGAGCUGUUUUACACAUAUGACAUUUCUGGGUUACAAUUAAGUACCUUACUAUACUAGUUUUCCAUUAAAAUUGUAAAUUAUUUUCAGCAAAACUUUCUCAGACUUUUCCUAGGACUGUCUGUCUGGGAGUGGUCUGAGUGGGGAGGGGAAAACUCCAAACUAGCUGUUUGGAACUCUUUGUUAUUGGUCUAAUUUACCACCUGGUGAUGACCCAGGCAAGCUGAAAAUCACCUGUUUCCAUACAUUUCAUUUUAAAACCUGCUGAUUUUAGAUGGUCUUGUGUAUAUUGUAUUUUCAACCAGCAAUUAUCAGGAAAUUACUUAUGAAAUGUUUUAUACUUUUACAGUUUUAGUUUCAUCAGCUGUUGUACAAUAUGAUACGAAGCAUACAAACUGAGUUGUCUGCACUGGGCAUUUAACCCUUAAUGAUAAAAAUGACCCACAAAAGAAAAUAUCAUGACCAGAGCCAGCUGUGGACUUAUAAGAGCACUGCCCUGUUAUAAACUGAUAUUUUCAGCACCAUUGGAAAUUACUACCCCUUUACCUAUGAUAGUGUCUUGUUGCACCUGUUUCCCAUCCUAACAGGGCCUUAUUAGGUGUACCUAGGGUUGCAAAGGGUCGGAAGCUUUCUUGUACAUUUCCAUGGGAAGUUACAGUAAGCCUGGGAAUUUUGGGAAUUUUGCUUAAAUUCAUCAAAAAAGUUAGCUUAUAACAGUGAACCUUUUUUUGUGGGAUACACAAGGCAAUUCUAGGUCUUGUGGCAUAUUUUGGUUGAACUAUCUCCAAUUCAAUGGAAUUGCAACCCUCUGCAUGCACAAUGAAUUCUUCCAUCAAAUGUGCAUUGCACUCUUCAUCACAUGUACAGCUGAUUCUCUAGCUCUUGCACACUAAUGAGAUGCUAUUGAGCCCACAUUACUACACUGUCUGAGCCAAGGACUGUAUGCUUUCUGGUAAGUUUUGAUUACAAUACUGGGUGGGGGGAAUAUAUUUUGACAAUUUUUUGUUAACUAGUAAAUAGUAGCCUACAGUAAAGUGUGUUUAAAUAAUUUCUAACUUAACUAUUUCUGAUAGUUUUUGCUACCAUAUGGGUUUUAGCUUGCUUGAGCGUGUUAACUGAGUGUUAAUUCACCUGUUUCCAUACAUUUCAUUUUAACACAUUUAUUUAACAAAGGAGUUGUUUAAUCUAACUGCCUAACUAUUUAUCUGUACAUGGAAUUGUAUUAGGGUUUCCCCCCCCAAAAUUCUAACCUUUACAGGAAAAUGCCACGGGUACUAUCUGAUGUGUGGAGACAUUUCACUGCAGCUAAUGUAGAAGGAAAAGCUGUGUACAUUUGCAAAUACUGUGCCAAAUCAUAUGUGACGAAUGCAAGAAAGAUGCAGAAUCUGAUCAAGUGCAUAAAGUUCCCUCAACGCUCACAACAAGCAACAUCUGACAAAAGUCCCUGUACUUCUAUUCGAGGUGAAAAUGAUGAAUUGGACAUCUUAUCGAUAACAACAGCUCAUGGUCCUCCUGGAAUCAGAAGUGUUUUUGACUCAAUGGAGGAACGUAGUCAGAAAUGCUGAUGAAUGUCUCGCUCGAGCUGUGUAUGCAACUGGUUCACCUCUGAUGCUCACAGGCAAUGUGUAUUUGAAGAGAUUUCUGAAUGUUCUUCGCCCAGCAUACACCCCUCCAUCCAGACAUGCUUUAUCUACUAAUUUGAUGGAUACAGAGUUCAAGUGACGGUCAAGCAAAUCAUAGAGAAAGCAGACUGUAAUGAAAUCAUCUCUGAUGGGUGAUCGAAUGUUCGUGGGCAAGGAAUAAUUAACUAGAUUUCCACCCCUCAACCAGUAUUCUACAAGAGAACAGACACAAAGGACAACAGACACACCGGUCUCUACAUUGCAGAUGAGCUGAAGGCAGUCAUCAAUGACCUUGAACCACAGAAGGUAUUUGCACUAGUGACAGGCAAUGCUGCGAACAUAAAGGCUGCUUGGUCUAAAGUAGGGGAGUCCUACCCUCACAUCACACCCAUUGGCUGUGCUGCUCAUGCAUUGAAUCUGUUCCUCAAGGACAUCAUGGCACUGAACAAUGGAUACACUCUACAAGAGAGCCAAGGAAAUGGUUAGGUAUGUGAAGGCUCGUCAAGUUAUAGCAGCAAUCUACCUCACCAAGCAAAGUGUGAAGAAUAAGAGCACCACAUUGAAGCUGCCCAGCAACACCCGUUGGGGUGGUGUUAUCAUCAUGUUUGACAGUCUCCUGGAGGGGAAGGAGUCUCUCCAAGAAAUGGCCAUAUCACAGUCUGCCAAUAUCAAGAGGAUCCUCCUGGAUGAUGUAUUUUGGGAGAGAGUGGUAAGCAGCCUGAAACUCCUGAAACCUAUAGCAGUAGCCAUUGCACAGAUUGAGGGAGACAAUGUCAUCCUGUCUGAUGUUCAGACUUUGCUUGCAGAUGUAGGAGGAGAAAUCCGUACUGCCCUGCCCACUUCACUGUUGCUCCAAGCAGAGGAAACUGCAGUUCUGAAAUGCAUCAAAAAGCGUGAAGACUUCUGCCUGAAGCCCAUACAAGCUGCAGCGUACAUGUUGGACUCCAAGUAUGCUGGCAAGUGCAUCCUGUCUGGGGCAGAGAUCAACAAGGCCUAUGGUGUCAUCACUACCGUGUCUCACCACCUUGGGCCUGGAUGAGAGCAAGGUUCUCGGCAGUCUGGCAAAGUACACUUCCAAGCAAAGGCUUUGUGAUGGAGAUGCAAUAUGGCAGUCGUGCCAGCAUAUCUCAUCAGCCACCUGGUGGAAGGGACUUUGUGGAUCUGAGGCUCUGUUGCCUCCAUCUUCCAAAUCCCACCAUCAUCAGCCGCCUCAGAGCGCAACUGGUCCUUGUUUGGGAACACACACACCAAAGCACACAACAGGCUGACCAAUACAAGGGUUGGAAAAUUGGUGGCCAUCCGGGCAAAUUUUGGGCUUUUUGAGCCUGACAAUGAGCCAUCAUCAACAAUGUUUUAAAGUGACAGUGAAGAUGAAGCGUCAGUCUGAUGUUCAAGAGUUGGACAUUGAGGAGGUCCGGGGAGAAGACAUGGAACCCUGAGAGAAAGACAACCAAAGCUUUAGUCUAGAAACUAUCAUUUUACAGAUGUAUGUUGAAAAUGUUUUUGGGAGAUGCGAUGGAUCAUUGGUUCAUUCAAUAUUCCCUCUUGUUCAGUGAAGUCAAUUAAUUUCAAGUUCAAUUGUUUUUUACAAUUUCUAUUGGAAUGAUUUAAUCAUUUGCAAUUGUCUACUUAUGACAGAAACAUAAACUUUUUACCCUGUCUCCAUAUGAUAUGGUAAAUAUAUCCAAUGCAAAAAAACAUCCACAUUUUAAAUGGUAUUAAUUCCCACGGAAAGUUUCCACCUCUGAAUUUUCCCCAAAAUGUGCAAUCCUAGGUGUACCUGAUCAAUACUGUUGUUCCUAAUCCUGUUAGCAUGCUAAAUUUGGUCUGAAUUCUGCAUCUGCUUGCAGGUUACAGCAAGUAAAGACUUUAAUAUAGACUGAAUUGUAUGGAGAUUGCUUUUCCUAAGUGAGAUUUGAAAAGACUAUGAAAAAAGAUCUUUCAACUGCAGUGAUCUGUCUAACUCCAAAUACCAAAAACAUUUUAAAUGCAAGUUUACGUACCAUUUUCUCACCUUUGUUUUCAAGAGACUCCUGUCUGGAGUUCCUAUUUCAUUUAUGGAGGCUUAAAGCUCCACAUCUCUUGUCAGUUGUUUUAGUAGCUGCUGGUAAGUGUCUUUCAAACCCACCACUGUUAUGUAUCAAAAACAUUAUUAAUUUAGCACAAAUUGGUAUUUAAAAUGGACCAAUCUAGUGCUUUUAAAUGCAUGACGGAGUCAAUUUAUGGGAAAGGAGAAUUGGAACUCAUCCAUGUGACACCUAUCGCUCUGUUCAUCUUUGUUUCCCAGUGGCUCCUGAAUGGGACACUCAUGCUCUAACACUGGAUGACAGUCAUCUGACUACAUUCACAUCCUCUCCAUUUAUACUGAGCAAAAAUAAAGUGUUGGUCCCAUGUUUCAUGAGCUGAAAUAAAAGAUCUCAGAAAUGUU